AUGUCGUCCCCGAAAACACAACAUUCUGGAUCUAUCUCUCUAUCUAUCUAUCUAUCUAUCUAUCUAUCUAUCUAUCUAUCUAUCAAACUGUUUCUAUGCUUUUACACGAGGCUGGAAGUAAUUCAAAUCGUCUUUUUCUCUUCUUCUUUUCUUCUUGACGCUUCCGAUCUCAUUUUUCCUGUUCUUCGCAGCCAAACGAACUAUUUAGCUUGUCUCCUUAGUUAUCCAUCUUUCUCUUACUUCUUUUCAUUUUUCCAUACACCUCUUUACGUUUCCUUCUCAGCCUCUCGACCUCCUCGGCCUACUAAUCAUCCAUUACUGCUACCUUUUCCUCUACUUCCUUCUUUUUCUUUAUCUCACCGUCUUUAUUGUCGCGUUCACUUGUUGCACUGUCUUUUUUCUUCUCUCUCUUCUUAUGUUUACUUCUUCCUCUCUUUCUUCUUUAUCCUUGUUUUUUCUUUAUUUCUUUCUUUAGUUGUUCUUACGUUAUCUUCCCACGUUUUCUGUUCUUUGACUUUUUCUUUUCUUGUCUCUUUUUUCCUCUUCUUCUUCUUCUUCUUCUUCUUUUUCUUCAAUUCUCUUCUUAAUAUAUGUUUAAUUCUUCCUUUUGAUGUUCUCUUCUUUUUCCUCGCCGCAUCCUUUUAUCUUUUCUUCACUUUUAUUCUGGCCUCUCAUUCUGGGCUGUUCUUCCAUUUUCUUUUCUUCUCUACUUUUCUUCUGGCAUCCUUUUUCUUUUCUUCUUUCUUUUUAAUCCGGCCACACCGUAAAGUCCUUUUUUACCCUAUUCCCUGCCACGGAUCAAACUGUCCCCGAAUUUUUGGCUUCCCUCCUAAAUGUUACUUUCCUUAUAUAUAUUCUUUUUUUGUAUUUUCUUUCUUUUUUUUUUUUCUUUUCUGCUGGCAACUUUUUCUUUUAUUCUCUUCCUUCUGGCUUCUUUAUUUUUGUUUUCGUAUCUCCUUUGCCUCUGGACUCUUCUUCCUUUUGCUUUUCUUCUCUACUAUUCUUAUUUGA